CCUAAGUCUUUCGUUUCUCAGUCGAGCACAUGCCUUAAAUCGUUCAUAUAAUACUACUUGCACAGUGUUAAUUAGCGCUUUUAAUUAUUACAUACGAUUAUUCUUUCCGAUUGCAGUCACAAUAUGUCGAAACUUAUACCUGGAAAACUGGCAUUUGUCACCGGUGCUGGAAGUGGCAUUGGAAGAGAGGUGUGUCGAGUUUUUGCCCGGGAAGGUGCUACUGUUGUUGCAACUGAUCAAAAUAUUAAAACUGCUGAGGAAACUGUUGCCACUUUAGAAGGUGCUGGACAUGCUGCAUUAAAUGUUCAAGUCACUGAUCGGAAUAGUGUUGAAACGGCAUUUAAACAUGUCUUGAAGCAAUUUUCAAGACCACCUACCAUUAUUGUCAAUUCAGCAGGCAUUACACGGGAUAAUUUUUUAGUAAAGCUCAGUGAUAAUAACUUUGAUGAUGUAAUCAACGUUAAUUUAAAGGGUACUUUUCUAGUUAUGCAAACUGCUGUCAAAGCAAUGAUGGAGGCAAAUGCAACUAAGAAUUCUUCGAUUAUCAAUAUCAGUUCAAUUGUUGGUAAACGUGGAAACAUUGGACAAAGUAACUACUGCGCAUCAAAAGCUGGAGUGGUUGCUAUGACAAAGAGUGCUUCCAUGGAGUUUGGACAGUUUGGAAUUCGGGUAAACGUCGUAUUGCCUGGUUUUAUAGAUACUCCUAUAACUGCAACUGUACCUGACAAAGUUAAAGAUUUAUUUAUAAAAAAUAUACCGUUGCAAAGACUUGGAAAGCCGCAAGAAGUGGCAGAAGUUAUUGCAUUUUUAGCUUCUGAUAAAAGUUCUUAUGUAAAUGGAGCAUCUAUUGAAGUUACUGGAGGAAUGUAUUAAGUUUUACGGUUUAUUAUGACAUUUAAUAAUAUAAUAACAGGGACAACAGGAAAGUUAAUAUAAAAUGUUAACAAAUGCUACAUCUUCAAACAUACAUAUGUUAAUACAAAACUUAAGGUAUGUUUUUUUAUGUCUGUUUGGCUCACAUUAAAUUAACAUUCCAUGAGUACUUUAGGAAUAUUUAACGUUAGAUGAAUAGAUUGAUUUUGAUCAUUGUUAAAAUUUAUUUUUUAAUUGUUUUAAAAUCGUUGGUUAAAAAAAUAAAAUGUCAAUUAAGCGUAUCAAUAACGCGCAAUGGAGAAUGAAAGUACUACAAUUUGAUAAAAAAAUAAAAAUUAAAA